GGGGAAAUCCGCCUUGAUUGGACUAAGGCGGGAGCUUGCGGUACGCAGUAGGAGUGGACAACCUCAACAACAUUGGACCACCGAGAACCACCAGCUUUCGUUUGCUUUGCUGCAAUCACACCGUCUUCAGCUGCUACGAUUAUUGUUGAAGCCGACUUACUUUCAUGACGGCUGGAUGAAGACCGAGCGACGCUUACGCUUCGCUGACGGCUCGCAAUGGCGACGGCCAACACUUCGGAUGUGUUGAGCAGUGACGAUGCUAGUGGUCGCCGCGAACGACCUCCUCUUUUUCCAUCAGGUCGAAAGCUACGGCAUCUACAAGGCGUCACCAUCCGCAACCUUGUCGUCAACCCCCCGACGAGGGCACGAGGCAAGACCAUUGAUGACGAGGAUAUCCCAAACUCCCUUCAAUCGCCAUCAAAGAUUCUCGCAGAGGACACCAACCGAGCAUUGCACCACUCGCGGUCGUUUACGAACCUCAAGUCGGCAGGCACACCUGACGAUCGGCAUGCCCAUCAAGAGCGAUUACCCUUGCGACAGGCCCGCCGGAAGAGCACACUACCCUGGAGUGGUCCGAACCCGCAGGUGAGGCAGGUGAAACUGGAGGACAUCACGCGCAGCCGAAUGGCAACAAGCUGGUUCUCGAUUCAUUGCGAUGGUGUCGAUGAGCCGGUAUAUGUCAGCGAGGUCGCGGAGAACGCGGUGAACCCCAACUUUCGCGCAUUCGAUCUCAAUCCCUGCGGACCAUUGGUAUCCCGCAAGGAUCACCUCACACUGAAGCUAUGGGUGAAGACGGCGGCAAUGGCCGACUAUACGGAAUUAGUAGAAUUGAAUCUACACCUGCAGUCGUUGCAGUUCUUGGGAGCAUCGUUGGACAGCUUUCAUCAGCCUCUGCCGGCGAAUUCCAUUCUCUUCCAUUUUCCGGACGGAGUUUACACCAAUCUGACUGAUAUUCCGCCUGUCUGGACACCAUAUCCCACACCGAGUUCCAAAUCCAGUGAUCCAGCGGCUCUGCCGACGUCAUCGUACGACGCGCUGAUGCGCCUGGCCAAUUUAGACGAAUGCAUUCAGGAUGCGUUGAUCACAAGAGAAAAACUGGAGUCGCAAAUCAACUCGAUUCUUGCAAAGAAUCAGCAUGCCGUGCAGACGGCAAGCGACGCGUCACGGGCGCAGGACAAAUUGGCUCUCACUAAAUCGGCAGUCUCCGCCGAGCGCAAACAACUACGCUCGGCUACUAAGCGAAAGGAAGAGCUGAUCGCCAGCAUCAAGGCCAGAAAGGAGGCCAUGGCCAAUGGGACUCAAACUCGGGAGAAGGUGAGCAGCCAUCUUCCGGACGCUCGACUCAAACUCGGCUCCAGCUGGAAGCUGUUGGACCAGAACACCGAGGAGAUCAAGGGCCAGAUCCGGCGCAUCUCGGAGGACCUAAACGAGAUCUACCCCAUUGAGCCCAUUGCCGACAAACUGUUAGCAUUCACCAUUGCUGGUUUGGCGCUUCCGAACUCUAAAUUUACGGACAUCGACCGCGAUGCGGUGGCAGCUGCACUUGGAUAUACCGCUCAUCUCGUUUACCUGCUUUCUUUUUACCUAUCCAUUCCCGUGCCAUACCCGAUCACCCCGUACUCUUCGACCUCGCUGAUCCAGGACCCUAUUUCUUCCUCUCUUCCGCAAAGAACAUACCCUCUCUACCCGGUUAACGUCCAGUACCGGUUUGAAUACGGAGUCUUCUUACUAAACAAGGAUAUUGAGUUUCUUUUGAACAAACAAGGGCUCCGAGUUCUCGACAUCCGACAUACCCUUCCGAAUUUGAAAUAUUUGUUGUACGUUUUGACCGCGCGCUCGUCAGAAAUCCCCGCACGGAAAGCUGGGGGAAUUCGUGGACUUCUUCCGGGAAGAUUGACGCCUAGCCUCUCCCGCCGUGGCAGCGAAGACAGCGUCGCGUAUGGGGAAACUGUCAAUCCCCAUCGAGGAAUGAGCCCAAUGUCAAAACUAAAGAGCGAGAUUGGUCCAGACAAGGGGAAGAAGCCGAUGGCAGCCAUUCCAAGUGCUUCGACCUCAUUUCAGGUGGCGUAAUGGCGCGGGCGACGGCGCGAAUGUAACUGCACAUCAACUAAUGUAUGAUAUGUGGGUGAGGGUAAUUUUAGCAUGAAGUUGUGCGUUUGAUUGCAGCGUCUGCUGUCUUUUUGCUGUGUUUCUGCAGAAGACCUGAGGCGACGACACACGUUGUAUAUAUAACGUCAGUAUCGCCGACAACAAGGACAACUGUACAUAUCAAAAAAAAAAAGACCUUGGAAUGGUCUUUGUAAACUGGAUUCCAGAAGGUGGCCUAAAGAAAACCAACCCUUGGCCUAAAUUAAAAGAACAGGGGUCGGAGUCUAAUUGCGUAUCCAUUGAUAACAGGGUCACGGGCACUGGAUCACCACCUCAGAUCGCAGCCCACUCGACGCAAGGGAACGUCGCUUGACUUGUUGAGCCCUUUUCUACCCCGCAUCCGACCAAUUGCCCCGGGAUGGCUUAUUGUAUCUUCAUCUCCAUCUUUCUCUGAUCGAGUCCUCGUUCUUCCCUCGAUCUCACCGUGCAAAAGUAGCAGCAGCAGCGCAGCAAAAGUCCCCGAACGGCGGCUGAUAAACGAAAGUCGAACAGCCGACAGCGUCUCCUCGCCGACCCCAACCUCGACUCCUCCCCCCCACCGCUUUCUGGCGGUCGUCCUCGCUUUGCAUCGGCAAUCCCCAGACACGUCUCCAUCCACUUUGCUUGUGCCUGCACUAGGCCCAUUCCCUUAGUGAUGAUGGCAACACACGACGCGCAGCAGGAGAACGGCCUUUAUUCGCGCGAAGACUCCGCCCGGCGAUCAGCGUCGCCUGCAAACACUCAUCAUCGCCGCGGCUACCAGGCCUGCGAUCCGUGUCGCAAGCGCAAAGUGAAAUGCGAUCUUGGAAGUGUUGACAACCCCCGCCCUCCGCCAUGCGUACGGUGCCGACGUGAGAGCAAACGCUGCGAGUUCUCCGCUACUCGUCGCAAACGCAAGCCUUCCGAUGUCGAUGGCUCCGUGGAUGAUAUCCUCCGCCGUGAUAAGCGGAUGAUGACUGGGGAUACCAAAGUCGAUGGUUCUCAGAGCGACAGGUCGCCAUCUCAUCCGCAGACGGAGCAUCCUCCUUUUGAUACAGUCAGUCGGUCACAACAAAAGUGGAUUGAUAAAUCCCCUUCGAACGGUCAUUUGCCGUUACCGGGUAAUAAUAGCCUCCCGUUUACUGCCAAUCCUCCAACUACAUCUGCGAACCAGUUCUCAGACAUACGGAAUACAAGACAUCCUGUCUACAGCGUCGGGGAGAGGGCAUCGAUCUCGAGGUUUAGCCUCGAGGGUAACCAGCCCAUGAUGAAUCGGACCGCCGUUGAGCUACUGUCGCCGGCGAUCAGCAAUAGCCACGAUGCGCUACAUCUCUUGUCUGAGGCGGCGGGACGGACAGAAGACCUUAACCGGCAAAGCCUCGAAAAUCGUUACGCCGCGACACGGCGGUCUGUCUCGUCGUUCGCCUCGCCCAUGUCCUCCAUGACGAAUGCAGGAACCCCACGAAGCGCCGGCGGUUCACUGUCACAGCAGCACAGGUCAGGAACAGCUCAUAAUGGGGGGUUUUAUCAAGGAGCUGGACUGGCUUCGGGUGAGUCACACCCAGACGCUCGCGGCCGAACGAACUCUGCGGAUCGUCCUUCGGACUCGGGCUACUUGGACGCUGUCAAGGCAUGGUCGCGAUUACGAUUCGUCCGUGCAGGUUGGCUUUCUGUCGAAGAGUCAAUGGCCUACGUAGCAUA